UCCUGGUGCUUGUUGGGUUUUGUAGUUUAACUCCCGAUGACUGGCACCGUUUUGACGUCGCGACGUCUAUGAGGCAGACAAUUUUCUGCAGAGGGAAGACAUGAAAAUAGAGGCCAGCAGUUGCUGAACUGAAAACAUGUCCAAGAAAAGGGGCAGGAAACGCAGCAGUGGAGAACUGAGCGACUCGCUCUCCCCUGACCCCAACAGUCUUCUGGGUAAGAGGAUCCAGCACAGCUGGAGGGAGAAGGGUGCGCUCACUAAGUGGAAAGGCACCGUGCUAGACCGGCUCAGCGUCAACCCGUCGCUCUUCAUGGUCAAAUACGAUGGUUUUGACUGUGUCUACGGCAUCGAGCUGUUCAAAGACGAGCGCGUGUCCAAUCUGCAAGUGCUGACUGAGAAAAUUGUGAACAACAAGAUUAAGGUGCCACAUGAUCCAGAGGAGCUGGUGGGCAAAGCAGUGGAGCAUCUGUUUGAGAAAGAGGAUGGAGAAAAGAACGAGUGGAGAGGGAUGGUGCUGUCUCGUGCCCCCAUCAUGACUAACUGGUAUUACAUCACCUACGAGAAGGACCCAGUGCUGUAUAUGUACCAGCUGUGGGACGACUACAAGGAGGGCGACCUCCGCAUUUUACCAGAAGCAGAAAACAAGCAUCUGCUGCCUGCUGACAGGAAGCCUGGCGAGGAGACAGAGAGCCUUGUGGGUAAGCAGGUUGAAUAUGUUACUGACAAAGGAGUGAAGAGAACCGGGCUGGUCAUCUACCAAGUCCCUGCUAAGCCCUCUGUCUACUACAUCAAAUACGAUGACGAUUUCCACAUUCACGUCUAUGACCUGGUCAAGACCACCUAAAAUAACGAGAACGCUGCUUACGAAGACUAAAGUCACCAUCACCUCUCUGUAGUGUAAUGUCGUUGCCUCUCAUUGUAUUCUCUCUCCACCGUGUGUUGCUGUGGAGGGGUGGAAUGGCACAGAUGUUUGUGGUUUUGUUCAUUCGCGUGUGUCAUAUUCGUGGACGUCAUAUCAUCGACGCAAGAUUAGAGAACAAAGCUUGAAAGCCUCAAUUAGGGAUUUUUUUUUUUUUUUUUUUUUGCUCUUAGUAGUAAUUGUCUUCUGGUGGGUGCGGUGGUGAAAAGGCAGUCAGUUACUGUGAUUCCUGAUUGGGGCUUUAACAGUUUAAACUGGGAAAGCAGGUGUAUCUAGAGAUACAGUCUAUUUAUUGACAUUUAAUUAUUUUACUACGUUUUCGUGAUAGUUAUGAGCCAUUUAAAGAAGAAAGCAUUUUUCUGACAAGGUAAGACAGAAUAGUUAGAGUAAUGGCGAAUACUUACUGAAUGAGUCUUUUGUAUAAAAAAGAAAAAAGAAAAGAAAAAAAAAUCAAGGCAAUUAUUUAUUUUUUGCUUCCUGUUAAUCUUGCAAAAAUCUUUCGUUGCAGAACAUUAAGUACUGUGAGUGUAGCGCUUUUCAAUCAAAUCUAAUUUUGUAAUCUUCCACUAAAAAAUUAGCCUGAAUCCAAGAUAGCUACACUUCACAUUAAAGCUUUUUAGACCAGAAAACCUGCCAACUGGGUAUGUCCUUUAGAGUUAAAAGCCUGAAUUUCACUCUAGAUGUAAUUUUCGUUUCAUUUAUAAAGCUUAUGAAGUUUCUAGUAAGGAUUUAGUCUUUUAUUUCCCUGGUGAUAAUCUUCAGAAAAGAAAAUUAUCCAUACUUUAUAUAUAUAUAUAUAUAUAUAUAUAUAUAUAUAUAUAUAUAUAUAUAUAUAUAUAAAGGAGACUCUUCUUUUUUUCUUUCCAUGUAAUAAACAUGAAUUAAUAUGCGUUUUUAUUUUUGUUUGUUUGAUUUUAUUUUUUUUUAAUAGCUCUGCAUUACUAAAAAUGGGGGUUUUAUUUAAUUGUGUUGAUUAAUUCAGCUAGUAAUUACUGAGUAUCCAUCUAAAUUGUAAACUUCAUUUUCUCUGGUCAGUUAGGAUCAUUAUGGGGUUGUCUAUCUUAAGUGGCUUAAGAUAGACAACCCCAGAUCCCGCUUUUAAUUUGCCAUUAAGUUUAAAGCAAAUCUAUCCAGCAGGCUGGAUCUUCAGGAAUAAAAAAAAAAAAAAAAAAAAAAAAAA